AUGAAAUACGUCCUGUUCUCGCUAAGCGCGUUUGUUUUCUACGCCAUCUUCUACUUCUCCUACGUCAAUGGUCUUGAUACGCUCGGUCGCAAUGCUGUCGACUCCGGGAAGCUCCCUGGUGUCAAUGCGCCGCUGCGCACUCACUAUACUGGAGUGGAAGCGAUUGAUCGGAUCUUGACUUUGUUGACGGUGUUCUUCUACCCUACCCUGGAUGGUCAAAGUCCGACUCUUCUGCUUCACAGUAUUGGCUUUUCGGGUACCUUUGGAGCUGCCUGGACCCUGGUCAUCUUGGAGUCGUGGCGCAAAGGGAAUACCGGAACCAUCGUUGCUUUCCCUGCCAUCUUCGGGCUCGCAGCGCAGCUGAUGACCUUUGCUUUCGCAACACCUCUCAUCUGCGGACUUCAGCUGGCAUGCUCGAUUACGGCGAGCCGCCCCCACGCUGACAACAUUCGGGUUCCUCGCGUGGUUCUCACCGUCUUGCCUGCAAUCUUUGUGAUUGGAUUCAUGCUUCCCACCCACGCGAUGGUGCUUCCCGCUCCCGAAUUGAUUUCUGUGGACAUGAAGCAGAUCGCGAUUGCCAUUUGGCAGCCCUGGCCCGCUUAUGUUUCGAUUCUGACCACCGUCGCCUAUUACGUGUUGUCGCCUUUCUUUGCGAACAACCAGCGCGCCUCGCUAUCCAGUCUACGCUGGGUAUACGCAUUUGCGUUCGCGAAUGCCUCCCUGAGCCACCUCGUUUCCUGGAUCGUGUCUCUUGCAUCUGUGAUGACUCCUGGUCUGUUCGACGACCGGUUCCUUGGCCCUCUUCACCCCUCCAAGGUGUUCUCAAUCCCCCUUCCUUGGUCUGGAUUGAAGGUUGACACCUUGGCUGAUGGUGUGCACGUAUUCUUGCGAUGGGAUUAUAUGAUCGGGUCAGCUGGUGUUUUGAUCUGGGCCCUAACCCUAUACACUGUUGCUCACAAGCAGAUCCUCAACAAGGUCUCUUGGCCAAGUCUUCUUUUGAAGGUUGCUCUCCUGGGUGCUUUGACCGGUCCGACUGGUGCGGCAGUCGAGCUGAUGUGGGAGCGCGAUGAGUUGGUUUUCCGAGAGACUGAUUCAAAGCAGGUCAGUAAGACCAAGAAGUCUACUUGA